AUGGCCAUUCGACACAGAAAAAACUCGUUUUUCGAUGCUAUCGUCUUCUUGACCAUGUUCCUGAUGGUUGGACGGCUUCUCGAGGCAUACAGCAAAGCCAAGGCGGGUGACGCGGUGAGCUUGCUCAGCAAGCUGCGACCCACAGAAGCUAUCCUCGUCGACCGCGACGCAAAGAACGGCAAUGUUAUAAUCCCGAUUGACCAGCUCGAACCUGGGGAUGUGGUCCGGGUUGCGAAUGGGGCCUCUCCACCCUACGACGGGAUCGUGGUAGAGGGCGAAUCUCGAUUCGACGAGUCCAGUCUGACGGGAGAGUCGAAGCCCGUUGCCAAAAAAGCCGGCGACGAAAUUUUCUCGGGAACGAUCAACCAGGCGAACGUCAUCACCAUGAAAAUCACCCGGCGGUCCGGGGACUCGAUGCUUGACCAGAUCAUCGACGCCGUUCGCCAAGGACAAAUCCGGAGAGCUCCCAUUGAGCGCGUUGCAGAUGCGAUUACUGGGGUCUUUGUACCUGCAAUAACCCUAAUUUCUAUCCUGGAUUGGAUCAUUUGGUUGAGUCUUGGGGUCUCAGGCAGGCUGCCAGAAGACUGGAUGGACAAUAACGUCGGGGGCUGGCCAUUUUUGUGGCUGCAGUUCGCAAUCUCUGUCUUCGUGGUGGCAUGUCCCUGUGGUAUCGGCCUCGCUGCUCCGACUGCUCUGUUUGUUGGUAGUGGUCUCGCGGCCAAACAUGGUAUCCUGGUCAAGGGCGGUGGUGAGGCUUUUCAAGAAGCGAGCCAUCUCGACUGCAUCGUUUUCGACAAAACAGGGACAAUCACUGAGGGUGGGGAGCAGGCAGUUACUGGUUACCAGAUGCCAUAUGGCGGAGAAAUCGACAGAGUCUGGGGUGCGUUGUUGGAUCUCGAGCAAAACAGUAGCCAUCCUAUUGCGCGAGCGAUGGUUUCCUUUGCCACAUCAAUGAACCCGCCUGCCCUCCGGGCUACUGCGGUGGUCGAAAAUCCGGGAAAGGGGAUGAAGGGCUCAUUUCCAGUCACUGCUGGCACGAACUCAAUGCGACUCGAUGUCAUUGUAGGAAAUGAGACCUUGAUGCAUGGUCACAGCGUAUCAAUUUCUUAA